UGGAUAAUUCAAAGCUAUUGUUUUUUUUUCCAGCUUUUAUUAAAAACUAAGGUAAGUAUAGUCAAAUCUCAGGAAUUUGUAAUGAUGCAAUCAUUUAUUUCCUCACAAACCUUCAGAAUCCACUAAUUUUAUUCUUCUAAACAAAAACACAAAGAAAAUGUCUCUCCACAUUCCACUUUUUCCCACUUUCUCCAGAAAGCAGGUGUGCAGGAAGUAGAAAUUAAGCCUACAUUUGAAGUUUUCCUGCCACAAACUUUCCCUCCAGCUCUGCAGGAAUGUGGGGAAUGUUUGGGACCACAGAUGGGCUGGCUCUAUCGGAGCAUCCUUUCAUGCCCUCCCUCGGCCGCUGCAGGGCGCAGUUCCGUGUCUGGAUGAUGCUGAAGGCAGGAGUGGAGCCUCAGAGCGUCUCCAUCCUCCGCAGUCUCCAUCCUGACGCGCUGACAGAGCCCACGGAGCAGCUGCUGCUUCCCCAUCACAGCCAGGAGGUGAGAUGAUCUCCUUUCUCCAUCUCAGCGAGGAUGUGCACGCAGGAGGUGGAGGCGCUAGAUAAAGGAGGACAGACACUCCUGCGCGGGACGCUGCGGGUUUGGUGGGAACCCGUAAGAACAAGCUCUGCGUGGAUUUCUUUCAGAUCUGCAUCGCUCUUGAUUUGCUCAAUUUUUGCGCGCUCAUUUGCAUCUGAGGAGAUGUGCGUGUAGGUCUGGUGCACUCCUUGAGUGACAGUGCUUGACGUUGCCCUUCCCACUGGCUUCAUUCCAGAGCAGAGCGGCGCGUGAAUGGCGGCAUACAGCAGCAGAGUUUUGACAGAGGAGCAGGAGGAGCUCCGCGCGUCCACAGCUGGCGUUCACGCAGCGCGGAGCCACAUCCACUUCCAGCCUCUGGCGCGCACCGCGCAGUGGCAGGUCACUCUCACGCACACGGGGAGCCACAGCCACGCGCACUUCAUCACUCCCUCACACAGACAGGCGCACGCGUACAGCUGCCGCCUCACACACGGCGUCUCUGCCAUGAGCAAAGGGGAGAAGGGAGCGCACGGCUCCCCCGGGAAGAUCAGCAAACCCAGUGAACCAUUGUUCCCCAAACCCUCCCACCAGACAGACUUGAGCCAGAAGUUGUCGAUAUGCAGCAAACUGUGUUUUGCAAUUGGCGGCGCCCCCAAGGAGGUCGCUGCCAGCGCCACAGCCUUCUUCCUGCAGAUCUACCUACUUGAUGUCGCUCAGAUCAACGCCUUCCAGGCCUCCAUGGUGUUGUUCAUCGGUAAAGUCUGGGGUGCGGUGAACGACCCUGUUGUGGGUUUCUUCAUCACAAAGAGCAGAUGGACAAAGAUCGGCAGACUCAUGCCAUGGAUGCUGGGCUGCACUCCAUUCCUGGUGGUCUCGUACGUCUGCCUCUGGUUUGUUCCUCCGUUCAUCAGUGGCAGGUUCGUCUGGUACCUGGGCUUCUACUGCCUCUAUCAAACCCUCAUCACUUGCUUCCACGUGCCUUAUUCUGCCCUCACCAUGUUCCUAAGCACAGACCAGAAGGAGAGGGACUCAGCCACUGCCUACAGAAUGACAAUGGAGGUGCUGGGGACUCUGCUCGGCGCUGCCAUCCAAGGUCAGAUCGUGGCGAGCGCUCACACUCUGAAGCACUGCCCCACUCACAACGUGUCUGCCGGUUACCUUGGAAACAGCAGCGGGGCAGAGGUCGUCGAGAGCGUGGUGCGCGUCCAGGCCUACCUGUCACAAGCCAAGGAGCUGUACAUGAUAGCGGCGGGUGUGAUUGGAGGAGUCUUCCUCAUCUGCACCUUUGUGAUGUUCCUGGGUGUCAAAGAGAGAGACGAUCCAUACGCCCCAAAGACGGAGAAACAAAUCCCUUUCCGGCAAGCUUUCGUCCUGGUGAUGAGGCACGGGCCGUACUUCACCCUGACUGCUGCCUUCCUCUUCAUCACUGUUGCGGUUCAGCUGAUCCAAAGCAACUUCGUCCUCUUCUGCACCUACGCCGCCGACCUGAAAGACCACUUCCAGAACAUCGUGCUGACAAUCCUUGUUUCUGCAGUGGUAAGCAUCCCGCUGUGGCAGUGGUUUCUGGAGAGAUUUGGAAAGAAGACAGCGGCUUUUUGUGGCAUUACAUGGAUCAUGCCCUUCACCAUGAUGCUGGUGUUCAUCCCAAACGUGGUGGUGGCCUACGUUGUUGCUGUCUCCUCCGGCCUCAGUGUGGCUGCUUCAUUGCUGCUGCCAUGGUCCAUGUUGCCAGACGUGGUGGACGAUUUCCGACUGGCCAACCCCUACUGCAAAGGCCACGAAGCCAUUUUCUACUCAUUCUACGUCUUCUUCACCAAGUUUGCGGCUGGCAUCUCUUUGGGGGUGUCCACCCUCUGUUUGGAGUUUGCUGGUUAUGACACGGGUGCUUGCAAGCAGCCCGCGCCGGUGGUGUACACCCUGAAGCUGCUGAUGGGUGCCACGCCGGUGGCCUUCAUCAUCGUAGGGUUACUGAUCCUCCUCCUGUAUCCCAUCAGCGAAGACGUAAGGCGCAGGAACAAACUCUGCCUGGAGGAGCUACGGAAGCAAAGCUCCAGAACAAUGGUGGAGGAUUUGAAUCUGGCGUGAGCUGGAGCAAAUGCACAACGCCACGGAUUCCAGUGUUGCCACUGGAAGGUUGUUCCUUAGUGUAUAUUACACUGAAAUCAACAGAUUUAAUGUAAACGUUUUUGUUUAAUUUUCACAUGUACUGUAUAGUCAUCUUGGAAAUACGAACCUAUAAGAUCAGCUAAUUUAAAUGAAUGAAGGUGCAUUGGUAUUUGCUGUGCUUACCUCUACAACACAUUAAUUUAUUUGUUUUUCCAAGAGCUUCUUGGUAUGAGAUGAAUAAACGUCGUAGAGACCUGAGCGGCAUUAAAAAAAAAAAAAAA